AUCAAAAAACAACUUUGAAUUUAUGGAAUAAUCAAAAAAUAAAAUACAUAGUUGCUACAAACGCUUUUGGUAUGGGAGUUCAUGCACUUCAUGUUCGAACAAUUAUUCAUACUACUUUUCCAUUAUCUCCAACAAACUUUGUGCAAGAGGUAGGACGAGCUGGCAGAGAUGGACAAUCAGCUGAAAGUUUAGUAUUAUAUGCAUGUGCAGAUAUUCGUGAACUACUAAUGAUUGUUGAUACUAAGCCUGACUCUCUAGAAAUGCUAGCUGUUCGACGUCGUCGUGAGCAUUUAGACAGAUCAAAAAAAAAAAUAUUCGCAAUGGCUUAUACCUUUGAAGAGUCAUAUCAAUGUCAAGAUCCCGAAAUUUCUGAGUGUGGUGCUUGUGAUAACUGCAUAAGACAUAUUACAGAUAAUAUUAUUUGGUGUGAUAUUAGUAUAGAUUUGCUUCGAAUUCUAGAUACUGUGGAUAAACUUUUGAGAUUUACAAAUGAUCUGGAAACACAGUUAGUGACUUUUGGUCGUAAUGAUAUCGUAGAUGUCUUUAUAAAAGCUAAUAACAAAAACACACGUGAAAAAAAUUUAACUUCCCUUUGGACAAAUGAAAGUGAUGAUAUGAAUAAUGAUACUGUAAAUAUACUUAUUCAGACUAAAAGCAUGUGUCUACAUGCGAUUGAUAGGCUUUGCUUAGAAGGAAUAUUGGCGCAAAAAGUAAUAAUUAAACCAAUGUGGCCAGGAUCUUUAGCAUUAGUAUAUACGUCUAAUAUUUCAGAGAUCGCCCCAAACGCAAGGCAAAAAAUAGGUAAAAAGUUGUGGUUAGAAGCUUUCAAGCCAAGUAAAAAAAGAACUGACAUAAAACAGUAA